AUGUUUAGAAGGGUGUUCAAUCUGGGUUUGAGGAGUCAAGCAAGAUUUUUCAAUACUCCAGGCACAAGAGUUACUUAUAAGAGGUUUGACGGAAAGACCAGUAGCUCAUUUACCGAACUAUUGUUUGAUAAGACCUCCAGGAAAUACCUCGCCAUUGUGUUUGGUACUGGUGGGCUCUUUUAUUUGACUCAUUUGGAAGAAGCUCCUGUCACAGGCAGAACAAGGUUCAUCUGGUUCCCCAGAUCACUUGAAUUAAAGGUUGGUGAGUACACUUACAACUCUGUAAUUGAGCAAACACGGGGGAAAAUACUACCAGAAUCCCAUCCAUUGACAAGAAAGGUAUCGCGAAUCUUUUAUAGGAUUGUUGAAGCUGCUGCUAACGAUCCUGCAGUCGAUAAAACCCUGUUGAAAGAUGUGAAUUGGAAAAUCCAUAUAGUGAAUGAUCCAAGCAUGCCACCAAAUGCGUUCGUACUACCUGGUGGUAAAGUGUUUGUCUUCAGUAAUAUUUUGCCAAUUUGCAAGAAUGAAGAUGGUUUGGCUACUGUCUUGUCGCAUGAGUUCUCUCAUCAGUUGGCUAGACACACUGGGGAAAAUCUCUCAAAGGCACCGGUCUAUGCCGUCUUGGGUGCGUUAUUGUAUACAAUUACCGGUUCAGAAGGUAUCAAUCGGAUUCUGGUCGACAGUUUUAUGAGAAUGCCUGCUUCUAGAGAAAUGGAGACCGAAGCUGACUACAUAGGUUUAAUGGUCAUGUCUCGUGCUUGCUUCCACCCUGAAGAAGCGGUGAAAGUAUGGCAAAGAAUGGCUGCUGUAGAAGAAAAACAGAGACGUGGAGGUCUCGUUGAUCUUGAAUUCUUGUCGACACAUCCAGCAACGAAGAAAAGAAUCGACAACAUGAAUAAGUGGUUACCCAAGUCACAGGAGUUGUAUGACCAAUCAAAUUGCGGAACUUUUGGAGGCUUCUACGGAGCUUUCCAAGAUGCAUUUGGUCACCCUACUACUAAUGGCAUUUCAGAACCUAAAAUCACUAUAUGGGGUAUUUAA